GGCGCCGCGGCAUCUUUGGGCAUCCCGACUCUGGUGCCAGCAACCCCGAGCCAGACCCCGGGGCCUCUCCAGCGGCGGCACAGAAGCCGAGUCCCCGGCAGUCCCUUGCCCGACCUGGCCGCGCUGUGUCUGGGGAGCUCCAGGUGCGCACCUGCCAACUCUCCACCUUCCGCACCUGCCACCCGCCCCGGAGCGCGCGCGAAGCAGCCCGAAGCGAGCCAUGGCCAACGCGGGGUUGCAGCUGCUGGGUUUCAUCCUAGCCUUCUUGGGCUGGAUCGGAGCCAUCGUCAGUACCGCCCUGCCUCAGUGGAAGAUUUAUUCCUACGCCGGCGACAACAUCGUGACAGCCCAGGCCAUGUACGAGGGGCUGUGGAUGGCCUGCGUGUCGCAGAGUACCGGGCAGAUCCAGUGCAAAGUCUUCGACUCCUUGCUGAAUCUGGACAGCACCUUGCAAGCCACCCGCGCCUUGAUGGUGGUGGGCAUCCUGCUGGGGCUGAUAGCUAUCUUUGUGUCCACUGUCGGUAUGAAGUGUAUGAAGUGCUUAGAAGACAACGAAGUGCAGAAAAUGUGGAUGGCUGUCAUUGGGGGCAUGAUAUUUCUUAUAGCAGGUCUGGUGAUUUUAGUUGCCACAGCAUGGUAUGGCAAUAGGAUUGUUCAACAAUUCUAUGACCCUUUGACUCCAGUCAAUGCCAGGUAUGAAUUUGGCCAAGCUCUCUUCACGGGUUGGGCUGCUGCCUCUCUUUGCCUUCUGGGAGGUAGCCUACUUUGCUGCUCCUGUCCUCGUAAGACAACGUCUUACCCAACACCUCGGCCUUAUCCCAAAGCUGCACCUUCCAGUGGGAAAGACUACGUGUGAUGGUGGCAAAAGGAGAUGUCCCUGCUGGAAAAAUGAGAAAAUGGACAUUGAAAUAUUGCCAUUGCCAUUAAAAUCUUAGACUUUUGACUGUGGUAUUACAAAAGAAAUGAUAUUUUUAUAAAUGCCCAUUGCUAGAGGUGCCUUAGUCAUACUUUAUCCUCUUUCCUCAAUGCAAGAAGAAGACCUUUUCCAUUGUGUGUCUGCUUCCCAGUGACUGAUCACACUCAAAGAGGGGAAGUGUGUCUCUUAAAUAUGUACAGAUAUGUAUAUAGGUAUUUUCCUAUGAAAUUAGGUAGGAAAAUACUCAUACUCUCUAUAUAGUUAAAAGUCUUUCUAACAUAGGAAAGUAUAUAUCAUUCUCUAUUGCUUAAAUAAGGACUAUAAUGGCAUACUGUCCUUUCUCCUCUCUAUAUACAUAUAUAAGUCUUAUAUCACUUACCACAUUCAUCAGAUUGUAGUGUCUUCCAUAAGACCAAAGAGCUUUAUACCAAGGAUGGAUUCUUUCUAUUCUUUAUGUGUACCCUUUCAUAUGUUUUUAAGAUAUAUUUUUACCCUAAUCUCAUAGCAGUUGCUUCAUCUGGAUCUUAUUUUUGAAGAUUGUUCUUUUGCUCCUGAUAAUGCAUCUUAUACCCCAUUUGAAUACCUUAAAUCCAAUGACAAUGUCUCACAGAUCAGAGCUGUGGGACAAACUUUACUGCACAACCAGAUAUUUUCCUAUUUACUUUCCCACAUGAUCCUUGUACUUUGACCUCUAGCCUUCUUGUUUGCUAUGAAAAUAUUUGUUUCAUCAAGUAGCCAGCCCAUCCUGGUGGGGUAACACAGUUUUAGUGAUUUAAAAAAAGUAAGCUAGUUAUUCACAGUUCUGUAUCCCACAAACUACCUUUUUUUUUUCCACCUCAGCUGCACUGUUUUCCAUAUGUAAUUACCAUGUGGUUUACUUCUUCCCAGAGGGGUGUGGUCUGUUUAUCUGAACAAAGGGCUAGACUUGCUGGAGCAAUAAUCUGGUGACAAAUAUUCUCUUUGGAGCUGUGAGCGAGUCAUUUAAUCUUUAUACCUCUUUUCCCACCUGCCAAAUUGAAAUAAUUACACUUAACCAGCUGGUAAAGGUAAUGUGAGUAUUAAUUAGUUGAUAUGACUCUCAUACUUUGAACAUGAAAUAUGCCUAAGUAGUGUUUUUCUGUGCGCAAUGGGUAGUUUUGAAGUCACAGAAUGAAACCACACACCUUGUUUGCUAUCUUUCUUUAUCUCCAGGUCAACUUCCUUUCUUUCAGCUGUUGAUGGUGCCGGGUUCCAUUCUAGCAAAGGCUGUCACUCUUGCAGCUGUAGUAAAGGCUCCUUCUCCUGAACUAGAUAAUGUAAUGAAAAGGGUGUUGGCUUUCUUGUUUGAAGUUCUGGCUUUGAAUCUUGGUGGUAUCAAUUACUGAGUUUGAGCAAGGCAUUUGGCUGCCCUAGAUUUAUUGCUUCAUCUAUACAAAGAGUUUCUAAUUUCUCACUUGCCUGCAUCACAGGUCUGUCACUGGGAGAGGAUACAUGUGA